AUGACCUGUAUAACUGAUUCUGAUGUGGUAUUCAAUGAGAAGGUGGAUGUUUCCUACAUUGAGGGUGUUGUAGAUCAACCAACUGCAGAGAAACCAAAUCAUCGCACCACUAUUUCUGCUGAAGAGAAAAAGCUGAUCCGCAAGAUUGACUGGAAGGUUUUACCCUGGCUUUGCGUCAUAGGAUUCCUUCAAUUCACAGACAAAGUCUCUCUUUCCUACGCUUCUGUACUUGGGAUUAUUCCUGAUACGCAUUUACAAGGUGCAGAAUAUGGUGCUCUAGGUUCACUGUUCUAUGUUGGAUAUCUCUCAAUGCAGCUUCCAAAUAGUUAUAUGAUGCAACGAUUCCCCUUAGGAAAACUGGUUGGAACCAUUGUCGUCAUAUGGGGAGCUAUCUUGGCUUUAACUUCACUGGGCAAAAAUUUUGCACAACUCGCUGGAUUACGAUUUUUGCUUGGAUUUUUUGAGGCCUGCGUCAACCCCAAUUUUAUGCUUUUGACCAGUUUAUUUUAUCGCAAGCAAGAAAUUACCUCAAGGCUUGCUGCCUGGUGGUUGGUUAAUGGACUUUGCUCUUCAUUCGGAGGUUUGAUGGCAUACGGUAUCGGUCAUAUGGAAGGUGACCUAAAUGUUCACGCAUGGCAAUGGCUUAUGAUUAUACUAGGAGCUGCUACAAGUGUCUUUGGCGUAUUUGUUUUCUUUUUCUUGAUUGAUGAUCCGAGAUCACCAAGGCUUAACUUGACAGAGGAAGAAAAGGUCAUAAUGGAAGAACGUCUUAGAGAUACCGGCAUCAAGCAAUCAAAUGAGAUCAACUGGAGCCAAGUGAAGGAAUGCUUUAGAGAUCCCAAAACUUAUGCGUGGUUCUUGAUAUCCUUGUGCAUCAAUAUCUCUAAUGGUGCAUUGCUAACCUUUGGUAGUCUCAUUACUGUAGGACUCGGAUUUUCGGGUCUUGAUGCCAUUUUGCUCGGAAUUCCAGCUGGUUUCGUGGAUAUAGCUGCCAUCUUGAUUGCCAGUUGGUUACAUGGCCGAACCGGAGAUUCUUUAUAUACAGCUGUUGGAUUCGUAUUUACUGCUACUGUUGGACUUAUUUUCUUGAUUACCUUACCCACAGUUGGUAAAUUAGUUGGCCUUUACUUGGUUACAUUCUAUAUUGGCGCAUACAUUCUGUUCCUUGGUAGCAUAACUGGCAACACCAGUGGCUACACCAAGAAGAUUCUCACCAACGCUAUGGUCUUGAUUGGCUAUACUAUUGGAAACAUGAUUGGUCCUUUGAUCAUGACAUCAAACCAGGCUCCUCUCUAUGUCGGUGGUGUUAUUGGAUGCAUUGCAGCCAACGUUGUCGCCAUGGUGACGUUCAUUGCAGUUAGGAUAUGGAUGGCCCGUAUGAACAAAAUGAAAGCUUCUAACCCUUCACCAAAGGUGGAGGAUAAUGGAGAUCUCUCGGAUUUGGUUGAUCCAAAUUUCGUAUAUAGACUUUAAGUCAACAGCCUCUUGUAAUCAUAUAAUUUACUUUUAUUAUUCCUAUCACUGUAUUUUCUUUAUUAUUGAGCUAAAGUUGAAAAACGGUUCAAUUAGAUUACUGGUAUU